AUGGGAAUACCGUAUGCCCUUCCACCGGUCGGACAGUUGAGAUUCCGCCAUGCCGUCCCUGUAGCCGCUGGAAACGGCACACUCGAGGCUUUCGAAUUGGGUCCAAGAUGCCCUGGAAAGCAGCUUGUUCCCUUCACCGACGACGAGUGGCUGGGCCCCGACUGGGAGAGUGAAGACUGCUUGACUAUCAAUGUGUAUCGUCCGAAAGGCCAUACGGCCAGCGAUAAGAAGCUUCCUGUCGCGGUGAUGAUCCCUGGGGGCGCAUUCAACCGCGGAGCAGCUCGGAUGCACAACACGCCAUCGAUGCUGGCUUGGUCUGAAGAGCCCUGGAUUGGUGUCUCAAUGCAGUAUCGCAUUGGUGUUGCGGGUGGCAUGAACACCGCUUUAACCAAGAAAGAAGGUCUCUUGAAUCUGGGCCUCAAGGACAUGUAUGUGGCCUUGGAGUGGGUUCAAAAGAACAUCGCUGCUUUUGGCGGUGAUCCUGAUGAUGUAACCAUCAUGGGGCUAUCUGCUGCUGCUCACGGUAUUGGCCAUCUGGUUAUGGACAUUAACCAGAAGAAGAAGCUUUUUCACAAGGCCAUCAUGGACUCCGGCGGCCACACCGCCCGAGUAGUUCACCCACCCGAGUCGAAGCUCAACGAGGCUCAUUUUCAGGAGUUUCUCGAGCUCACUGGCUGCAACAACCGCCCCGAGCAUGAGAUCCUGCCGUGUCUCCGCGCGCUGCCCUCUUCGACAAUCAUUGAGUCGGGUCAGAAAGUUUACGAGAAGUCCAAUCCGUCUGUUCGAUGGGCUUGGCAACCUGUCCUCGACGGUGACAUCAUCUCUCGGCGUCCCAUUGAUGCCUGGAAGUCUGGGAAGUGGAACAAGGUCCCUAUCUUUACUGGAUCUGCUCACAACGAGGGCGCGAUGUACGUCCCCAAGGCAGCAUCUUCACCUGAUGAUUUCACAGACUUCUUUCGCACUCUCCUCCCGCAGCUUUCAGAUAAGGAGCUGGCUGAGCUGAACAAGCUUUACCCUGACCCUUCAAAGUACCCGGACUCAGAGUAUGUGGAGACUCGCCCCCUCGAUAUCGGCGCACAAUACAAGCGUGCCGAAGCUGCCUAUGGACACUACGCAUACACUUGCCCCGUCCGGCAGACUGCAGUUUGGGGAAGCAAAUCUCCUGAGGAUCCUCCGGUGUACCUCUACCACUGGGCUCUCAACAAAACUGCCCUUUAUGGGGCCAACCACGGUGAUCAGAUGCGGUAUCAGACUUACAACGCCGAAGUGCGGUCUAUCUCGCCCAAGCAAGACGAGAUUGCCGGCUUGAUACAUGCGUAUGCCACAUCGUUCAUCGUGCAUGGGGACCCCAAUAAGAUUAAGGGCAAAUUCGAGGAGCGUCCUGAGUGGUUGCCUUUUGCUGGCAACAAGGGAAAAGAGGCUGGAAAGACGAUGAUCUUUGGCGAGGGCAACGAUGAGCGUGCUGGUGGCUCUAGUUUGGGAACCUCCGCUUAUUUCGUAGAUUACAAAUGGGCGGAGAAGGAGUGUAACUUCUGGUGGAAGCAGACGGAAAACUUCGAGGAUUGA